ACGAUUGGGUAUGGUUAGGUCGCGCGACUGUUGAUCGAUCGAAUGCGGACAUUCUAGAAACGGGGACAAAUCACAAAGAUUCACGAAUGCAUAUAAUCAGCAAUCCGAUGAAUUCAAAGUACGACGAUAUGGGCGAACAUGUCAUACAGAUCAAUAGUUUCGAUAAUCCCAACCAUAUUCAGUUGCCAUCAGCUGUAACUGUACCUUUUCUUAAUAGUCGCGCGAGCAUCGUAACAAAUGAGAAAACGGCUACACCAAUUAAUUCCUGCACAUAUAAGACGCGUGAUACGCACAGUCGUGCUAUGAUAAACGAUGAGGCGUCGUUACUUCCCCAACGGAGUAUUGCAACGACGGUUGUAGAUCGUAUCGAGUACCGUCCACCAGUUCCACCGCACCGUAAUAUAGGUGUAACUGCUCAUAUUUCUAAUAAGCAACUGCCUAUUGAGGCUGCUCCUCAGUUAAAAGCUUCGAAGCGCUAUCAUCAUCGUCCUCCUAGAUACAGCGGUGGAAUAGCGCUCAGUAGUAUGAGUAGCAGUUGCUCAAACACAAAUCCUGCUUUCGAUAUACAAUUACAGAACGCUUCUGACUUGCAACCGCGUAAUAUGAAUCAUACUCAACAACAAACAAACUUAGUACUUUUCAACAACGGCAAAUCAGGUCAAGCAAAACAAUACGAAUCGGUGCAACCCGUUUCGGCUAGAAGAACAAACGAAUCACCUCACUCGUUUGAAAACAUGGGCUUCUCUAUCAUGUCACUGUCUAACGCGGAAGAUUACCAAAAUGGAGAGAAGAAUCAUCAAAAACAUCGGCGUCCAAAGGAAUUACACAUGGCUGAACGCUUAGUAGAGCAACCAAAUUGUCAGCAGACGGCAUUUAAAUUUGACACUAUUAAUCAACAUCAAAAAUAUCAUCAUCCAUUCCAAUGUGCUGAGUCGUCAGUAUCAUCAGCAGAGGGAGCCACAAAUCCCGGCGAACGAAGGAGUUCUGGAGACUGUCAAAAUGUCCAGCAACCAGUUAACAAACCUGUUGACAAAACAUCAAGCAGAGUUUGCAGCGUCGCGAAACCAAAACACAUCGAGGAAGAAAGUCAAAAUCAUAUGCCUCUUUCCUCUGACGACGAUGGUGGCUUUGCCGUAGCAGUGGAACAAUCCUGUAGGAAAAAAAAAGUGCAUAUGGAAAGUACUUCUCCAGUCCAUGCUGCGGUCCUGAAUGCAGCACCGAAAAAAUCUAACAAUAAACCGACUGUGGUGGGAAAUCCGAUGUUUUCAACUACGCCAGACAGUGAAUUUGGACCGGGCGAAAGUCUAGGAUUAGAUGACCUAGAUAUGGAUUACGAACAAAUUAUGCAUUACUUCGAUAACCUGAAGGAAUCGAACGCCUGAGUGCAGGAGAUCAUUGCAAAGAUUCGCGAAAUAUUAGCCACGUUUCAGCAGCAGUAUAGAAACGUGGCGAAAACACCGAUGUCCAGUCCAACGUGUAUUCCCGGUAUAAAAGAUCCUAACUUUGAGCAGUUUUUUGAGCAUUUGAGUGAAUCGUACGCAUAAAAACGGAUAAGGCUAUUAUUGUAGGUUUUACUGCACCCAACGCAACAUCUGCCUCAUAUCCCCGCAAAAGUAUAGCAAUGUUGUCAUUUUCAAAAAUACUGAGUGAUGUAAUUACAAAACGUCCGUACAAAAUGAUCACGAUCAGCGAUUGUGAUUUAAUGUUCUUAGAAAUAUUUUUGUAAAAUUUAUUUAUUAUUGGGUGCCAUAUCACCUGGCGAAGCUUAGUGUAAUAGCAUUUAUUAUCUUCAUACAUACCAGUGGUCGAGCGUACUAGAAGCGAAAAGAUUGGACAAAGAAUAUUUUUAUCAGAAACUAUACCGAAUCACAAUCCAUAGCAUAAUAUAAUAGACGCUCCUUUCCCUAGUUUGGUUCUGCGUUAUAUUAUAGAGAUCUCAGGUUUUAAUUUUAGCUAUUUCCAGAAAUGAUCCGUUGAAUAUUUAAGUGCUGCUUGAAGUUUCCCGGUUUAGAACCCAGUUUGCAAGUACCCCUCCAAAAAUCAUGCACAUUCGCUAGUGUGCUGCUAUUUUCGGAGUUCAGUUAUACUCGCUAUGAUUUUACUCAAAGAGCGGAUCUAUAAAAUUUGCGAAUUUGCAGUGAUCUAAAGAAAAAGCUAUCGAAUAUCUUAACGUAAAUAAUAUUGUCGAAGUCAAUAGAUUAAAUAUACAUAAUAUAAUGGAAUAUUGCACCUGAUGUCAUGUGAGCUUACAAAGCAAAAUUCACGUAUUGAAUUGGAAAACAUAAAUUGAAUUACAUAUACAACCAUACCACACGUAAUUUGAAUGUUGUACGUUUGCUGUACUGAAACAAACCAUUUACAAUGCUACACAUCGGCAUGAUCAGGCUUAUUGAGGGUGAAGCAAUGCGUAACAUAGUUAGUGUGUAUCCUUUGGUCAUGCACUAACAGGAUAAUAAUGCAUUUGUGAGACAGCAAGAUACCGUAAUGUUCGCCUACGAUGCAGUAAAAUCCCAGUGUAAACUUUUUUACUACGCUAUUACCAUGACAAACUGUCAGUCAAAGUAUGUUUCAUCUGUUUCACAAAGGUCCUGCGUUCAUGUGCAUGAAACCAUUUCACAGCCUGUGUUUUUUCUGUAUUUCAAUCUUAGUAUGGUGAUGUGUCUAAUGCAGAUCAAACGGAUUGUUGUCGUCAUGAAUAUUUUGCUAAAGAAAAGCUAAAGGAAUGUAUAACUCACAAGGUGCACAAUAUCAUACAAGUAUUCAAGUGAGCUAGCAAAAUAAUGUUUGCCAAGGGUGUUAAUAAGUACACAAAAUAAUCAAUGUUAUCUGUGCGGAAUGCAGCGAAAAUGUAGCAAAAUGAUUUGGUGACCAAAUGUAAUGUAUAUAAAACUGUAUGUAGUAAACAGGCAUGAAAUGUGCGUGUUCAGAAUUUGAUAAGUUUUGAUUGCAAACGACAAGUGAGCUUUGCAAGAAAUCACAUUAAAUUGUUUAGACGUAUUUUGAGUAGAUCUGCAAUGAAGAACUGCUUUUUGGAUGCUGCAUAUUUGAAAAAUAUAAAAAUAAUUACGGCUGGGAGAGUUUCGGGAAAAUACUCUUAUAUUGAAGGAAGUAUUGUAAACAACAUGCUAUGUGUAUUGGUUUGGUUAACGCUGGAAUAAACAUUCCGCAAAUUGUUAGUUAUUGUAACUGCUAUUUAAGGUACUUAUACACAUUUGCAAUCAAUGUACAAACAUUUCUGCUGAAAGUGAAAGUGUAAUGUUUAUAUUGAGCAUUGCAGCUGCAUGAUAGGUUUGGAAAAUACUUUUGUUAUUUCCAAUAUUAUCGACCACUACUUAUGUCAAAAAUCUCACCCUCAUUAUCUCCCCUUUACUAGCGCAUUAAUUUUAAAUAAAGGUAUGCCAUGCAGCUAAACUGAUCAAUAGUGAAAAUAUGAAAAAAAUCGAAAAUUUCCCCAAAUUUACCUAUCUAUGUACAAUUAAAUUAUAGCUCAUAAGAAACUCAAUAUCUUGUGCAAGAUAGUAAAACCUUUAUACCAAAAAUUAGCUUUACAAUAUUUAUAAGCUGCCUGCAAAUGACUCCUACUGCGUGACACUCUACACAAGCACAUUUAAUCAGACCUGUCCUGGUCAUACAUAUUAUCGGAAAGUUUUGUUUCACUUGAAUCACUACCAUACAAAUCUAUUCCUGCUAACAUUUGUAACCCUUGCUUCUGAAUUAAACAGUGCCAUACAUAGCUGAUUCACAAAGUAAUAUUUAAAAAACACUUAAAAUUGAGUGCAGUAUAAACUAUGGUUUUCAAAGUAUGGGUUUGGAAAAGCAUUAUAUUUUGGAGUAGAAUUAUUUUUACAUACAUUUUUAUACUUUGCAAGCGACAAUGGAUAGAAUUUCGAUAGUUUGUCAUACUUGAAUAGUAUCGUUCGAAACAAUUAAAACCCAUUUUUCAGGUUGUAGAUGCUUUUAUAUAGUUUACAAAUUUCAGUUUGUAUUUUUCACGGAAAACGGUAUAUACUCCGCCAAGUAUUAAAUAUGUAUGUAACAAUGGGAGUAUCAUUCAAGUCCCAGAAUAAAUACCAUGCUACCUUUACAAUUUGCGCUUCCAUGGUGAUUACCUGAAAGUUUGCAUUUUUUACGCUGGUCAGCGUCAUUUGUUAACACAACACACACCGUUUCCCAAAAUGUUAAAGUGCAAGUGAUUUGCGCGUUGUCUUCGAGCAUCAACCGAUUAUUUACUUUACCUUUACUUACCUCUCAAUAAAGAGAGAAUAACCAAACGUUCUAUUUUAUUUUGCACUAUAAUCUUAAUGCGUUUUCCAACAUUCAGUACAAGCCAAUUGACAUUUUCUGCGUUACGUAUCUACGUCAUGUUAAUUUAAGAAUUAUAAAAUAUCGUUGUCCAAGUCAUCGUGCGUAGAAAAAUAACCGUUUCGGUUGGUAGAUUUUUCACAUCGAUACGUUAUGUUGCAUAAUUAUAAUAAAACAGUUCGUGUAUGCUCUGAAGUCCAAAUGUAUUCCCUUAAUAAAGCAGUCAAGAUAUAUGAAAUGAUGGAUCAAUAGUAAACCAAAAUGAAACAAAACGUAAGAAAUUCUAUUGCUUCGCUUAAAAGAAAAUCAGUCGACUGCAUAUACUCCUGCUAGUAAAUGCAUUUGGUCGGUUUAAGGUCGGUAAACAGAGCAAUGUAUCACACCUAUAAGAACCACAACAAUGUAUAAUAUUUAAAAGAGCUUGAAUAUACACGUAAACGCGCUAUACAUUAAACAUUGAAAAACGAAAAUAUAUAUUCUAGUUGUGUAAUACAUUUAGCAACGUAAAUAACGAUCUUUUUUUUUGCUGCAGAGGUACACUGCAUUCGACCAGCGUAAUUUAACAUUGACUUUUAGUUUUCUAUCAAAGACAAAAUUCAUGUUUUAAAAAUAUUACCUUAAAGCACUAAUUUUGGUCAGCGGAGAAAGCUCUUGAUAAUGUGUGCGUUUAUUUAUUGAACAUUGAUAUUGAACAACAUACUUUAAAACAAAUGUGUGGCCAUUAAUUGGCCAUAUUUAACAGAAACAGAAGCAAACAAACAAUAGCAUGAUAUAUUUAACGAAAGCAAAAUAAAUGAAUGUAUGCAAGCCGAAGAAAAGUAAUCAGCAAUGCAAGCAAACAGAAUGGAAGGAAAAUAGACUAAUAAAAAGCAUUCUAAAGGAAAAUAUGCGACUUCACGUUAAAUAGUGCUUAAAACAAAAUUUUGAACAUAUAUUUGUGUUUCCGAUAUCAUAAAAUGCUCAUCCUUUAUAACCACCACAAAUCACAUCUCAAAUGCAUAAAACAUACUCCAAUGCAUCAUUCUUACCGCAACGGGAAAACAAAAAACAAAUUUUUGAGUGAACAAUGAAAUACAACACCCGAAUGACGAACAAGUGAUUAAUAAAAGUCACUGAAAUGGGAAACCAUCUACUUCACAAUAAAAGAGCCUUGAAUGUUCCGAAAUUUUAAUAUUAACGCUAACAAGAAUAUUUCAGAAUAUUGCUAUCUUCGGUACGUUGCUCUACGGGUGGUGCUUUUCUCUCUCUCUCUUUCUCUUUAGCCUAACGAGCUCGUAGGUCAUGCCCUGCUAUUUCUGGCUUUCGAAACCUAAUAAUAUCACGUAGUUGGAUAAUCAGCCCUCAUUACGGAGGAACGGGGGAUGGGAUUGGAACCCCGGUCCCGGCCGUAUGAGGACUGGCGCGGUUGUCGCCUCUACCACCGGGCCGCAUGUUACUGCCAGUUAUUAACAAUACGGGUUUUUUUAAAUUAUUAAUUAUCUAUGUGUAUGUUUCCAUGUGAGAUAAAUCAAAAACGGUAAUAAUUGAUCCACUUCUCCUUCGAGCGAAAUCAAUUAUCAACUUGAGACAUCUAUAAAAUUAACAUAAUUUAAUUUUUUUUUAAUUUGUUGCUCGGUGCCUACACCGAAAUCUAGUAAACGUGGGUAAAAUUAACAAACAAACUGAUGCUAUUUCCUGUGUUCAUUAAUCCGCUAAACUUAUAACCCCCUCGUCACUCGUCGUAAUUUAGACUUUAUUUGAAAUGUUCACGUUCAAACUGCAGCGUAUAUUCCAUUCUAACAAAAGUUUCGCUUAAAGAGGGCGCCAUAGUCUUCAGGGAGAAAACGAUUGGCUUCAAAUCAAAAAUAUGCUCAAAGCGAACAAUUUAGUCCGGUCCUUUUCGGCGUGUCCGGCUGUGAAGUGGGCUGAACGAGGCGCACUCGUAACGCAGUAUUAAGUAUGCAGUUAUUGUUACUAUCUUUGUGUGGGUUUCAAAAUUGCGUUAUAUUAAUAACACAGUUGCAUUAAACUAAUCCGUUUCACCCAAAACAGAAUUUUGUAAAGCGUUCUAGUCUGUUCAUCUUCGAUUGUUGAAAAUGAGAUCGACGGUUCCAUGGUGUUCCAUAGUUAAUUCUUAGUAACAGUGAAUGGUGAGAAUAAGAGUUUGUUACAAACAUUUUAAGCUCCAAAGUGACCGAGACGACGUUAGAAUUAUACUCGAAUGGCGCGAUAACGACCCUAAAGAGCACAGCUGUAAUGAAUGAAUGCUUUUCUUCCCCUCUUUGUAGUUUCUGUAAUGGUAGGAGCACUGUCACCACAUUUGCUGCAGAUGUAAAGCAGGUUGCGCGUACUUUUCCCUCCAAACGCAUGCAGCUGGCCGAGAUAAAGAUACGCUACUGAUGCGCCGCAGCACGGCUCGAGGUUAGGGAAUGUGAAGCUGCAUAAUCUUAAGGGGAGGUGAUAAUUAUGCUAACGCGAUUUCUGCUAAGUUGUAGAAAUAGGCUACAAUAUCUAGACUUUGUAGGACGACGAACCUACUGAGAAUGCCGAAGAGAAAUAGAGUCAUUUAGAAUUAAUAAUGCGGUAUGUCGUGUGCCAGACAAUAUGUUGUUUAUAAUUAAAUACUUUUAACAAUGUAUUUACAACUACAAAAAUAGUGUUCUUUUUUUAACUGACUUUUGCCGUUAUUUUUUAGUAAUGAUUUGAGUAGCAAUCACUCUUGUGAUCUUGUGUUUUCUGUCUCCAGAUAUGCAAAUUGUUAUGCACGAUUGUAGGGGGCCCUGGAAUGUAGGGGGCCACUCUGUUCGAAUAUUCUGCUCUACACAAUAUAAGGAGUUUCAUUAAGAAUCUUUGACGACGAACUGUUUGUAAAUAAAAUACAACAAUUAAAAAUGCGAGCUCUGUAAUGUUCUAAACAGACAGACAACAGACUUCAGUUUACAAACAGAAAAGAUACGUUUUGCUUCUCAUUGAGCUAAAGCCAAGAAAUCGAAUUGACGGCGUACCAGGUAAACCACAUACUCUCGCACGCUCAAUCUCGCUCCCGCUGCCUUUCGCUCGUUUAUCACUCUCUGCAAUGCUCAGGAGUCUCUUGCGUUGCCACAAAAGCAUAAACCGAGAGCAUAUACGUACACUUAAGUUUUGUGUUGCCUCCCCUUCAACUUUCAAUCUGCAACUUCGUGCUGCUCUAAGCUUACACGACUUAAGCUACGCUGAAGCAAAGGUACAAUCCAUUAGCGGUGUAUCUUUAUCUCAGUCAGGUGCAUGGGUUAGGAGGGAAAAGCACGCGUAAUUUACCAGGCUCUGGAGCACAUGCGGAGUGAUUUCCCCUACUUUAGCGGCCGCGCUCGGGCUCGUAGAAACUAUAAAAGUGGAAGGACAUACCGAUUCAUUCAUUACAGUUGUGCUUUUUAUCGUCGUUGUAGACUCGAACACGUUCGUCUCGCUUAUAGCUCAACUGUGGUGGUUCGGAAUCGACUGUAGUGUCUUAAGUGCUAGCGCGCAGUGUUUGGAUGUGCGCACCUGAACUGUACACGGCUCUAGCAUAGAUCAUAGGAAGCUUGGUUCAUGGAUUGAUAAAGUGUGUGCAAAGUGUUGGCGUGAAAUAUUAUCUGCUGAUAGUACGCAAGAAGUGAAUCAAAUUUUGCAUACGGCUCUAUGACUGCGACAAGACCGCCACCAACAAGGGACAUUUGUUUUUUGUUUGCUGUUUCGUACAAAUUGAGUGCGGGGCAGAUUUCGUACACGGUGCAGAGAUUCAUUUGGCCGUCGCAGUUAAAUGCACAAAUAGUAGUAGUUGCGUUGACUGUAACCUCGUCAAAAACCAAAACGCACACAAAUCACCCGAACGGUAGCAAGUGUCGCGGUCGCGUUGCGAAAGAUGUUCAUCGAUUCGUAUAUUGUGGGAUUGAUGCGUAAAGAGUUCUUUGAUCCAUUAAGCGCCCGAAAAACAUUGCUCGUAUUCUGUUGUGCGUUGUCCUGUGUUCUAUUCGUGCAGUACAUAUUUCGCUUGCUGAGCCAGAUUAAGAAGCUGCCGCCUGGUCCGUGGGGUGUACCAAUAUUUGGCUACCUGACUUUUAUAGGUCAUGAAAAGCACACGCAGUACAUGAAGCUUGCCAAAAAAUAUGGUGCACUGUUUAGCGCUAAGCUGGGUGCCCAGCUGACGGUGGUUAUAAGCGACUACAAAAUCAUUCGGGAGGCAUUUAAAACGGAGGAAUUCACUGGCCGACCCCACUCACCAUUGCUGAAGACGCUUGGAGGAUUCGGCAUAAUUAAUAGCGAGGGACCUUUGUGGAAAGAUCAACGCCGUUUCUUGCAUGAAAAACUACGUAAUUUCGGCAUGACGGUACUUGGAAAUAAGAAGCAUCUCAUGGAAAAUCGAAUAAUGACCGAAGUGACAGAAUUGUUGGUAACGUUGAGCUCGGUCGAAAAUAAGUCCACUGAUCUCAGCCGUUAUCUGUCCGUGUCGGUGAGCAAUGUCAUCUGCAAUAUCAUAAUGUCGGUUCGCUUUUCGAUCGAGGAUCCCAAAUUCAAGCGGUUUAACUGGCUGAUAGAGGAAGGAAUGAGACUUUUUGGCGAAAUACACACCAUUGACUAUAUUCCUCAAAUACAGUAUUUGCCCGGCAACAUCAACGCGAAAAACAAAAUAGCAAAAAAUCGUGAAGAAAUGUUUGACUUUUAUCGGGAAAUUAUCGAAGAACAUAAGAGAACGUUUGACAACAAUAACAUCCGCGACAUUGUCGAUGCCUAUCUUGCCGAGAUCGAAAAAGCACAGGCUGAAGGGCGGGAUGGAGAACUGUUCGAGGGCAAAGACCAUGAAAUUCAGAUGAUGCAGGUGAUUGCAGAUUUGUUUUCUGCCGGUAUGGAAACAAUUAAAACGACGUUGCUGUGGUUGAACGUGUUUAUGCUCCGUCAUCCUGAUGCGAUGCAGCGUGUUCAGGAUGAGUUAGAUCAGGUGGUUGGACGCAACCGGCUUCCCAAAAUCGAAGACGUCCCUUACUUGCCAAUCACUGAAACGACGAUUUUGGAGGUGAUGAGAAUAUCCAGCAUAGUGCCAUUAGCAACUACUCACUCUCCUAAGAGUGACGUUGUUAUCAAUGGUUAUACAAUACCUGCUGGGUCUUACGUUGUGCCACUAAUUAAUAGUGUCCAUAUGGAUCCAAACCUGUGGGACAAACCGGAGCAGUUUAAUCCCAGCAGGUUCUUGGACGCCGAAGGAAAAGUCCACAAACCCGACUACUUCAUACCGUUUGGAGUCGGUCGACGACGAUGUCUUGGGGAUGUGUUGGCACGCAUGGAACUGUUUCUCUUUUUUUCUUCAAUUAUGCACACCUUCACAAUAGAGCUGCCGGAAGACGAGCCAAUGCCCGGUUUAAAAGGAAUUAUCGGAGUCACAAUCAGUCCACAGGCAUUUCGCGUCAAUCUUAUACCACGUCCACUACAAACCGCGCUGGCCAAUAUGCACACCAUGGGAAUGUGCUAACAAUGUUAGUACUCCACUCCCGAGACAGUGGACGAUACGCCUCAGCUGUCUUACCAGCGUCGAUCGGAGAAAUUUAACGACCUGAUCUUUUUAAAAACAAAGCAGAGCAGAAGUAAUAUCAUUUUACGAGCACGGUAUGUUCCUAGAGUAAUACACACUUUAAAUCAUCAUUGAAGAAAAAAGAAACAAAUACGAGUACGGUAUAGAACAUGAAACAAAAUCACUAUAAAUUAUGCUUCCAACGCAUCAGUGUGAUGCGGAUCAUUACGUUUGUAUGUGUUCGAUCACUACUAGUCAAUUCCGGUCGGAACUGUUUCUGUUUUUUUUAUUUGCAUUUUACUAGGCGAAAGCAUUAUUUAUAAUUUUCUCAACUUAACUUUCCCUGACAAAACCUGUCAGUAGUAGGAUUGCUGUCGAGUCGUAUAAUAAAAAGCAAAUCAAAAAAACAAAACUUAAAAAACGCAUCUAUGACGAAACAAAGCCAAGGUAUACAGGAACGUCUAAAUGAGCCAACCAAAUCAUAUCGAAAAUAUGAGUGGAGAUGUGGGGCAGGAGACUGCACAAAAGAUUAAGGAAUUUCCUUUAUUUAACAUGCAGAAACUAUCGCCCGAACAAUAACUUUAAAUUUGGUAGUUGGUAGCACAUAGCAUCACAGUCAAUGUUGCUAUAGAAAACCUUAUUUCAAUGAUCCAUGACAAAAUAAAACAAAACAAAAAAUCUAGCUGUUUUAGAUCGCGCGCUGACAAUCAACUGUGUCAUUAAAUCUUGAAAAUAACAACAGUGGAAUCUGGACAAUGUACGAUAAUUGUUCCAGAUGGCAGAAUUAUUCCCAAAAAACAAUGUGUUCAUCGUAUAAGUUUUUUUUUUUGCAAACAGUAAGAUAGGUCUGGAAAGAUAUUUAAAAGCAUUUGAUUUGCGAGUGCAACUUGCGAGAAAUAGCAUAAGGUUGAGCAUGAAGUUACUAGCAAUUAGAUUUAUUGUUGAUUGCCAUAUGUCGUGUAAGGUGCGAUUAAGUUAUCGAAAGGUACGUCAGUGGAGAAGUAAAUAGUAGAAAUUAAAAAAUACAAAAACACACACAUACACUCUGUAUAGUUGUCUACUUGUCCUUUGUAGAAAAUUAAUAGGUUUAAUACACAGUAGUAAUGAUGUUGACAACGUUAUUUGCAUUGAAAACGGUUGGAGAUUCGCAGUGAUAAGGUUACUACUGGUCAAUUUCGUGAAGCUAAGCUCACAUUCACAUUCUAUACACGACAAUAAAUGCGGUGAGGAUCUUCGCUUCGACAUGUUCAUAACUAACAGACUAUCUCUUAGCACACAAACCCGUAAUUGCUGAUGUUUAUUUUUGUUUAUUAGUUAGGAACGGCUUGGCCGUAUUACUGUUGUUUAUUUUUUGUAAAAGUAAAUAACUCAUUCUUAAUUUAAUAUUUUUGAGGUACUUUUAUUGCUAUGGAAGUAAAUAAACCUUGACAUCGGCGUUUCACAGCACACAGCACUCCUGAAUAAACGAAACAGCUUGUGUGCAAGCAAAAUGAUUGCGCGAAUGUGAGACCUUAACUGGUAUUGCCAGUCUUUAAGUUUUUUUUUACAACCAACAUCGAAACUGUUAUAUUUAAGAGCAAUAGAGUAAUAUUUUCGGCGAUUGUUGCUACAACAAGGUAAUAGGAACAGAAUAGUGCCUUAGUUUAUUUAUUUUGUUACGCUGUUUCUGUAGCAACUAUCCAUAGGUACAAAAGCUAAAGGACAAGGACAUCCCAGGAAUGUAAAUUGCUGCUGGUGCAUGCGAUGAUUAACAAACGCGUCGUUUUACUCGUAACACAUGACGUAAGUUAAGCAUAAUGGUAAUAAAAAAGACUCAAAGUGCAAA